ACUUUAACUAUUUGGGCGCUGUAUGUGGCAGGCGCAGCACAAUGGAGUAUGGCGAAUGGGUUAAUUGAAGCGUUGCAAGAAGCUGUGUGUACGUUAUUGGCAUUGUGAAUUUUAACAAAGAAAAGUCUAGCCAUAGAAGACGUUUGACCAUUUUAUUUGGAUUUCCAAAGUAUGGCACUUCAACCAGAGAAGAAAAAAGGCAGGUCUUUAAGCCUUGCGGGUAUUGCACAAAUCUCAAAUGAUAUCUCAAGGAAGUUUUUGGAUCGCAUUGAUCUGUCCAGGCUUUUACGUAUCACUUCUAGUUCUAUUAAAGAUCACUCCAAAGUUCUUACAGAAUUAGACAACUUUUUUAUUACCGACCCUCUUGCCAAAAUAAAAUUGGUGUUUGUAGAAGAUGCAGUGUUGGUCAAAAACAUCUUUAUUAUGUCUUCCCCGAUGCAAGAGGUUUCUCAGAAAUUUCCUGAACAUCUGUAUAUAGAUCUUUUAACUAGUGUAAUACCUGGCUUUAACUUGUACAGUGUGUCCUGUGAAGACGAUAACUCAGACUGGAAGAUUUGUGCCUACUGCAUAUCGAGGGAAAACAAUUCUGAUGUACUGAGGUUUUUAAUUGUGUCUGUCUUACAAAGUAUACCUAAAAUGAAAUCUCAGAUCAAAUAUAUCACUGUACACCCAGCAAUAACAGAUUCCUUAAACAUGGGUACACUUUUACCCAAUGCAACAAUAAGACAUUGCAUUUUGUUGGUUAUACAAAUUUUAGAGAGCAAAUUGCCUAAUAUACAGAAGGCUGCCCUGGCCCAAAUUAAAACAAUUAUGCAUAUUCUGCUCCAUACACGUUCUUUAAAAAUGUACAACCGGCACCUGAAUGAAUUAAAGGCACUAUGUCCUGCAGAGGCUUUUCAGUACUACCUCGACACCUGGCAUCCAAGUAGAAAAUUGUGGUGCACAAAAGACAACAAGAGACUGAAAGCAGAGAAAACUAUUUUUUCGUAUGUCAUGUCUUUGCAUUAUACCCUGGUAACAGAAAUGGGGAGUUCACUUUCAUUAGAUGAUUGCCUGCAUGUCAUUCUUUAUGGUUCACAUGAAUUAAGAAGUGUGCCUGAUGACUUACCAUCCCUGGAUUCCCAUCAUGCAAAUGAAAUGCCAUCUGCUGUUUCUGAACAGUUAUGUGAAGAGAUUCCUAAAAAUGGAUUGGAACACAUGGAGUUCUACAGUUGGGAAGAAUUUCACACGUUUUUGAACACAUGGUGUGAAGAACACAAAGUUAUUUUUGUAAUUCGCAAUUCAGUACUCCUGAGCAAUGAGGAUAUGAAUCAGGAGCUAAUUGAGUCUCUAAAGUACAGUACAGUUCAACUUGGAUGCAGCAGUUACACCAGGAAACGGUGUCCUGCAACUAUACAUUUGGAAUUGGGCCCUGGAAAAGACAAGCUGAUAAUUACAAAAGCUGACCUCAUUCACAGCCAUGACUCUGAAAUUGACCUGCCACCUCGUUUUACAAGAAAACCAGAAUCAUAUGUUGAACCACCUACUACAGUACAAUUUGAUGUUCCUCAUGAUAAAUUUAUGGAUAGAAGUGACUUGACUAAGCUCCUUCGUGUAAACUGCUUACUUGGUGAAUCACAAUUACUAGAUGAACUGGAAUCCCUUUUCAAUUCUGACCCUGCUGUAAAAAUUAAACUGGUUUACUCAGAGGACAAGUGUAUUGUGAAACUGUUUGUGAUGACAACUGCGAUGCACAACCUGCUACAGCAUUUUCAUGAACACAUCUACAUAGACUUCUUUCGUGGUCUAAACCAGGAAUUUGAUUUGUAUUCCAUUCUUUGCCAGGAUGAGAGUUUCAACUGGAAAGCAUGUGCCCACUGUAUUGCAAGGAAGGAUUCUUCAGAGUGUAUAAAGUUUUUUUUUAACUCUGUUAUCCAAAGUCAUUCCAAUUUAGGCAGCUUAAUAAAAUAUGUUACAGUGAGUCCAGAAAUUUUUAAUCAAUUCGACACAGAGUUGCUGUUUCCAACUGCCACAGUGAGAGCUUGCCUUCCGCUUGUCUUGGAUAGAAUGCAUCAUAAAAUUUCUUUUCUGAGCCAAAUGGAACAAUCACAAAUUAAGACCUUGCUUGUCAAUCUUGCCCAGUCGCCCUCAACUGAGCUAUACCGGCAACAUCUCGGUAGCCUAAAGGGAGCAUGUCCUGAUGAAGUUUUUCAGUACUAUUAUGACACUUGGCACCCAUGCUGGAAAUUUUGGCGUGAAAAUGAUACCAGAACCAGUGACGUGGAGAAUUCUAUUUUUGAAUAUGUGAAAACUAAGCAUCAAUAUUUAAAAACACAGAUAGGGUCGUUUCUUUCUUUACAGCAGUGUUUACAAGCAGUCCUUAAUGAAGAUCAGGAUCAAGUGGAAUCCACUGACCCUAACCAUGAUGAAUUGUUGGAAAAAAGUGUGUUGUCAUCCUGGGAUCUCCAGACCACAUCAUCUGUAGAAUUUAUGGAACAGGAUCAUGCUUCUGGGGAAGUUCCUGUUGAUUCUAUGCAAAAGGAUGGAGAAGAUGAGAAGUUGAAUGGGAAGGAAUUCCAGAGCUGGGAUGAUUUUUGUUGCUUCUUAGAAACAUGUAGUAAAGAUAAAUUUAUGCUUCGUGUUUCGUCAUCAUUUACUGAAGAAAGCAACAGUGAAAUAUUUCCCAUUUCACAGUUGGCUUUGACAUUGAAGUACAGCUGGGCUCAACUCUCCUGUAGUUGGAAUGGUUGCUCAGCCUUUGUUGAACUGGCACUCGGACCACAAAAAGAUAAGCUUAUUAUUACGCAAAGUAACCUGCAGCAUACCCACAAUGACGAAGAAACCGAUGUAGCACCCCCUUCAAAGAAAUGUAAGCUCUCAUCUACAGUAGGACUGCCAGCGCAAGUUGCAAAUAACAUAUCUAGAAAAUUUCUUGAACCUGGUGAUUUAAAGAGACUUCUGCGCUUUAGAUCUGGGGCAUUUGAAGACCGUACCCAAGUGCUUGCAGAACUUGAUACUCUCUUUAUUUCAGAUCCUUAUGCAAAAGUCAAACUUGUGUUUGUGGAAGACAAAUUGCUUGUGAACAAAAUAUUCCUAAUGACAUCUGCAAUGAUAGAGAGAGCUCAAAAAUACCCGGAAUGCCUUUUUAUAGAUGUUUUCUUAGAAUUUAGUCAGAGUUUUGAUUUGUACACCAUUUUUUGUGAAGAAAAGGGCGCAGGGUGGAAAGCAUGUACCUACUGCAUUGCAAAGAAAGGCAUAAAUGAUGUUUUUGAUUUCCUCACAAGCUCAGUUGUUGAGGUUGUCCCUACAUUAAGCAGCCAGGUAAAACAUGUAACCAUGAGUCCUGAAUUAUCUGAGCCUAUCAACUUAGAAACUUGUUUACCACAUGCCUCCGUGCGGUACUGUAUGCAUUUAGUUUUAAAUGUCCUGUAUGACAGAAUAUCAAACCUUGAUACCAAAGUAUUGGCUCAGAUUAAGAACUACCUUCAUAUCCUUUCACAGACUUGCUCAUUUAAAGUUUACAAUCAAUAUUUGAAUGACCUUAAAGUAAUAUGCCCUUCUGAGGUAUUCCAGUAUUUUUAUGACACAUGGCAUCCACGCAGAAAAAUGUGGGUUAAAAAGGAUAAUAGAAUUGAGGAAACAGAGAAAAAUCUAUUUGAACUGGUCUCACAUAACCAUGAAAAGCUCAAAGAGGAAUUGGGUGCUUUGCCCUCUUUGCACCAAUGCCUUCGCUCAAUUCUUGGUGAUAAACAUAAACUAUCAGGCUGCAAGGCUCCCUUUCAGGAUACAAGCAUUACAUCAUGUUGGGAAAGCAAAAACUUUUCUGACCUCUCCCCAUCUUCAAAUGAUCAGGAUUGUGUCCAUCCACUGAUUGAAGAAGUGGAAGUG